ACUAGACACAGUCAUGGAGAAUCCAAGAAUCUACAGUGAAUUUGACAAAGUACAAAAGAAUAGAAUAUUAUCUAUAAUCGAAGAGUUCGGUGAAGAUUUAAUGAAUAUACGUGGAAAGUGUAUGGAUAUUGGUUGCGGUCCUGGAGAUAUAACAAAAGAUUUUUUAUUACCUUCUCUUGACUCAAAUGCACAAAUAAUUGGUACGGAUAUUUCGGAGAGUAUGAUCAAAUAUGCGAAUGAGACAUUUAGUGAUAAAAAACGACUUCAGUUUGAAAUAUUGGAUAUUGAAACUAAAAAUUUGCCUAAGAAAUAUAUUUCUGAAUUCGAUCACAUAUUUUCGUUUCAAACUUUGCAAUGGUGCAAAAACAUUCGACAAGCUUUCGAGAAUAUUUAUCAAAUGCUAAAACCUAAUGCAACUAUGCUUGUGUAUGUAAUAGCAUCUCAUGAUUUUUUUGAAGUUCUCAAAUUUUUGGAACAAGACAGCCGCUUUGCACAAUACAUACCUAAUUCAAUGAAAAAUAUUUCACCGUAUCAAGAGUCAAAAAAUGCUCGCAAAGAGUUACGGGAAUUACUUCAAAGUAUCGGAUUUACAGUUCAUCAUUGCAGUCUUCGAGAGGCAAUAUAUUCCGACGAAAAACCGAUGGUACAGCAGUUUUUGAUUCUUUAA